AUGCCUACUAUCUUCCCAAUGUGGCCACACAUCAUCUUCGGCAUUCUUGAGCCCAUCUCACUGGCCCUCGGCAGCGUCUUCCCUCUAUACGACCUCCAAGGCUUUAUAGCCGGCCAAACCCCCAAUGUUGCCUCCCCGCCAACCUUUCACCCCAGCAGCGUGGCCCUCGCCUACCAACUAGGCAAUGUCUACUCGCUGCUCUUCCUCGUCGGCGUGGGUGUCUGCUACACAACUACCGAGCCUCGUGUGCUGCGCAAUUACCUGAUCGGCCUUGCCAUCGCUGACGUAGGUCACGUCUACGCCACGUACCUGGGCAUGGGCUGGGAUGCGUUUGCGGAUGUCGCGGCGUGGAAUGCUCUGACAUGGGGUAAUAUCGGAGCUACGGCAUUCCUUUUCGUUAAUAGGAUCGCUUAUCUCUUGGGUGUCUUUGGGUAUGCACAGGCGCCUAAGGCGACUGCUAAAAGAGACUAG